AUGAAGUUCUUCCUUGCGUGUUCGGCCGCCCUUUUCGGCCUGCUGUUGUCGCCCACCACGGCGCAGAAAUAUGCCUUCGCCCAUAUGGUCGUCGGCAACACUGCCGCCCAUACCCAAGACACCUGGGCGCAAGAUAUAACGCUGGCUCGCAACACGGGCCUCGACGCCUUUGUGCUCAAUAUCGCCUAUCCGGAUCCCAAUAUCUAUGGCCAAGGCGAGCCCUCCCCCAUCACCACUCUGGCUGGCUGGCUGGCUCAUGCUGAUCUUGGAUCUCCUGCUGGCUCGGUUUUCAAGCUCUUCUUUGCCUUCGACUACCUGGGUGGCGGUCAAACGUGGCCUGCAACUGGCGACCGAUCCGUCGUCUCGUACUUGAACCAGUACAAGAACAGUCCGGCCUACUUUCGCUAUAACGGGGUCCCUCUCGUGUCGACAUUCGAAGGCCGGGACAACACCAACGAUUGGGCACAGGGUGGCGUCAUCAGAUCCGCCGUCGGGGGAAUCUGGUUUGUGCCGGAUUGGACAAGCUUCGGUCCUACCGGCUUCGCCCAGCAUCUGAAUAAGGUCGAGGGCGCGUUCAACUGGGACAUGUGGCCGAUCGGUGCCUCGGACAUCAACACCGACCUCGACAAUCAGUGGCGGUCCGUCCUCGGAUCAAAGAGCUACAUGAUGGGCAUCUCACCGUGGUUCUUUCAUUCCGCCGACAGCCCGAAGAAGUGGGUUUGGCGAGGAGACGAUUCCUGGGCACUCCGCUGGACUCAGGCUAUCGAUUUCGGCGCUCCGUUCAUCCAGAUCGUGACCUGGAACGACUGGGGCGAGUCAAGCUACGUCGGCCCCCUGAGGUCCACAACCGAGAUCCCAGCCGGCUCGGGCAUCUACGUCGAUGGCCAAUCCCACGAGAGCUGGCUAGACUUCCUGCCCUACUACAUCGCCAAGUACAAGGGCAGCGCCUUCACCGUAAGCAGGGACCAGAUGCAGUACUGGUACCGCACUGCGCCCGCCACCGCCGGCAGCACCUGCGGCGUCGUCGGCGGCGACAGCUCGCAGGACAACGGCGUGCCCGAGAUCUCCCCGAACAGCAUCCUCCUGGACAAGAUCUUUUUCACGGCGCUGCUCAGCAGCCCGGCCCAGGUCCACGUCCAGAUCGGGGCCAACCCCGAGACCGUCUACAGCUUCGGCGCGGGCAUCACCCACCAGAGUCUGGCGUUCAACGGUCAGACCGGGGCGCCGCGGUUCUGGGUCACGCGGAAUGGGGUGACGACGGGGAGCGGCACGGGCAAGGCGAUUACCGCGGGCACGGCACUACCCGGUGGUUGUACGAAUUACAAUCCUUGGGUAGGAUCGUUUUAA